CCGGAAGUAUUCCAAAUGUCCAAGCUAGUGAGCCACAUGUGUGUAAAAACAUCCUUUGAAGUAACUGUACUCUGUAACUAGUAACUUGUAGUAAUAAAUGACAGACACGAUAAAUACAGAAAAUGAAGGCGAUCUCCUGUCCCAAAUGGAAGAAGUGGAGGCCCUGUCUGCCAUCUAUGGUGAUGAAUGGUGUGUCAUUGAUGAGGCCUCUAGAAUAUUUUGCAUCAAAAUAUCAAACGAUAUGGAGGAUCCCAAGCUCACAGCAUGUUUGCAGAUAAUUCUCCCACGUGAUUAUCCCAGCACAGCUCCGCCGAUCUACCAGAUCAAUGCGGCGUGGCUGCGAGGCUCUGCGAGGGUAAAAUUGGCCAACAGCCUCGAAGACCUCUAUGUGGAGCAUGUAGGGGAGAGCAUCCUUUACAUGUGGGUGGAAAAGAUCAGAGAAUUCCUUGUUGAAAAAGCCCAAGACUCAGAAACAGUGGACCACUCACAGAGGGUCAACCUCACCGCUGAGGAAGAGGUGGAUGAUGAUGAUGAUGAUGAUGAUGUGGUGCCGGUCUUUGGUGGUCUCACACUGAAAAGCUCAGAGGAAGCACAUCUCUUCCUGGAACACACAAACGAUGAAGAGGUUCCCCCGAUAAAACACGGAAGCUGCAUCACAGACAGACGCAGUACCUUUCAGUCUCACCUCGCUCCCGUGGUGACGCCAAGACAGGUCAAAGCCGUCCUGGACAAGCUCUACGAAAACAAGAAGAUUGCAAGUGCCACUCACAACAUUUACGCAUACAGGAUUUACUGCGAGGACAAGCACAACUUCCUGCAGGACUGCGAGGACGACGGGGAGACAGCAGCAGGUGGAAGACUGCUGCAUUUACUCCAGAUUCUGGAUGUCCGUAACGUGAUGGUGGUGGUGUCGCGGUGGUAUGGAGGUAUUUUGCUGGGGCCUGACCGCUUCAAGCACAUCAACAACUGUGCUCGGAACAUCCUGGUAGAAGAAGGAUACAUCACCUCAACGGAUGACACUGCCAAAUCAGCAGGGAAGAUCAAGCGGCUAAAAAGCAAGAAGACAAAAUGAUAAACAGAAAAAACAUGACUUUUAAUCAAGUGGUUUGUGGUUUUGUUCACCCAAAUACACGGUUUAAAGUCCAAAUAUUAAAAACAUUUCACAUUUACAAAACUUGUUUUUUCAGUUUUUGACUGAUACUCAAUGAAGUGAACACAGGAGUCCUGCUUAUGAAGAAAGAAUAUUGUGAGGAAGAAAAAUAAAACAGGCUGCAUGGCGGAUAAGUGGAUAGCGCGCAGGCCCGAGUUCAAUUCCACCCUCGGCCAUCUCUGUGUGGAGUUUGCAUGUUCUCCCUGUGCAUGCAUGGGUUUUCUCUGGGUACUCCGGUUUCCUCCUACAUUCCAAAAACAUGCUAGGUUAAUUGGCGACUCCAAAUUGUCCAUAGGUAUGAAUGUGAGUGUGAAUGGUUGUUCCCCGCCUCUCGCCCGAACACAGCUGGGAUAGGCUCCAGCAUCCCCGCGACCCUUGUGAGGAUAAGCAGUAGAAAAUAAUGAAUUUGUGAAUAAAGUUGUACAUUUUGAGAAAAAAG